AUGGCGGUCGGCGUCUCACAAGUGCGAGUUCUCGAAUUGGAAGCUUCUGGUGAUGAUAUCCCUCGAUUUGCGUCGCUAGCUCAUUGCGAUCCUGAAUCCAGGGCUGGUGAGCCUGUCCCUGAUUUGUCAUCGUACGGUUAUAAUUUCCCUGUCUUGGAGAAACUGUUAACCUGCAGCCAGAACUGUUUUGCUACGUUAACAUCUCUGAAACUGGUGAAUUUUAACAUUGAUGAAGAAGGAGGGAUCAUGGAUCAUGUUUUAUCCAAUUGUCGGUUUCUCGAAGAACUAUCUCUAAAAGGUGGAACUGGGUUGAAGAAUCUGAACAUUGUUAAUCUUUCCUCCCUCAAGUAUUUGAGUUCAGGUUCUUGUUGGGAUUUAGGAAAGUUGAAGAUUAUUUCAGCUCCAAAUCUGGUGCACUUUGAGCACAAAGGAUUUCCUGAACAUCCUCUGCCUUUUAUGUGGCUAGACUUUUGCUUUGAAGAUGUCCCUCUUCUUUCGCAGGUUACUAUGGACACAAAUUAUUUAUUGUCUUUCAUGGGAGUAAGGCGAAAGCACGAAGUAUACUCGAAUCAAUUGGAGAAAGUGUUCAUGCAUAUUUCUUGUUACUCAGAAUUCGAUAAUGUGGUUAAUUUUGAUUAUCGUCGCACCUUCCCCACUAUGAGAUGCCUCAAACAGCUUGAUAUGUUCAUUACGACGGUUCCCGGCGCAAGUCUCAUAUUCUUUGUGUUAUGCAUCAAGUCGUGUCCUUUCUUAUCUACCUUGUUUGUUCAGUUCGCUGAGGAGAAGAUAACACAAAACGAUAAAGUGGAAGCCACGAUUCGAACCUCUUUACGUCACUAA